AUGUCAGGCUCACUGAUGCCGAGACCUUCGUCCUUCAGCAUCGACAAUCUACUCACCCAGGCGAACUCGGCGAGACUUAUUCAUGACCCAGCGCAGAGCGAUGAUUGGGCGUGGAAGGCAUGGGCUCGAACAGAAAGCUUUAAGAGAACCACUUAUUUGCACCUCCGUGGUGCAGCUGGAAAUGUCGACAUCGAUCGAUCUGUACCGGUCCUCAUCAGCAAAGUCAUGGAGAAGCUGCCGCAACGCUGGAACAAGUGCAACCACAGAGCCUGUCAUAAUACGAAUGCACGCUCCGUCUAUCACAUUGACACCGCUCCAAGAGACGUCGCCGAUUGGAAUGACUGGCUUGCUGUCUGCUAUCUGGGCACGCAUUCUUCAACACCAGUACCAAACGAGAGGAGCAAGGGAUAUCAGUGGAGACCAGCCUACCGCAAGUGCUGA